AUGGCACCGCAAGAUGGGCAUGAUAUAAUUAAAUAUUAUGAGGGAGAGGAAGAAGAUUCCUUGAUUAGCCCUGACAGUUUAUGUGAGAAUACCAGCAGCAAUCACUCUACUACUACUACUACUACUACUACUACUACUACUACCACCACCACCACCACCUCCACCUAG